AUGGAAUAUGCAGCUGUCAAUUUUGUUCCCACAAUCCAUCACGAUACAUAUGCCCGUAUAGAUCCCUCCAAGGCAGAUCUCAGUGGCAGAAAUGUCCUCAUCACAGGCGCGUCGAGGGGUCUCGGCAAAGCGAUGGCAGUAUCAUACGCCAAAUCAGGCGUCGCUGGUAUCGUCCUCCUGGCCAGGUCUGACUUGUCUUCGGUCGAAAGCGAGCUCCUAGAAGUCGCGAAGGAAGCCGGUCACUCACCACCAAAGAUUCUGUGCCUAACAGCAGAUGCAACAGACAGAGCAGCAGUCGAGAAGGCCGCCGAAGAACUCGCCUCUUCGUUCGACAGCAUUGACAUCCUAAUCAACAACGCUGGCUAUCUGGAGACUUUCAAGCCCUGGGCGGACACUGACCCGGACGAGUGGUGGAAGGUUUUCGAGGUCAACGUCAAGGGCGUCUACCUUACCACACGGUCAUUCCUGCCACUGGUGCUGAAAAGCAAGGAGAAGACCGUCGUCAUGGUGUCCAGUAUAGGAGGCGUAGCCACCAGAGCAGGAGCUUCGGCGUAUCAAACCACCAAGACAGCGGUUCUGCGUCUGAACGAUUUCCUCAUGGCCGAAUAUGGUCAGCAGGGACUCUUGGCUUUCGGUAUUCAUCCUGGAGGUGUCAUGACCGAACUUGCAAAGGUCAUGCCAAAGGAGUUGCACGGCAACUUGCAAGACACUCCUGAACUGGCUGGCGACACGAUAGUGUUUUUAACCCAAGAGCGUAGAGAAUGGCUGGCGGAUCGAUAUAUCAGCGUCAAUUGGGACGUGGAUGAGCUGUUGAGCAAGAAGGACGAGGUUGUCAAGAAUGACUUGCUCAAAGUUAGAUUACGCUGCUAG